AUGAAGUUUCUCUUUGUCAAGUCCGGAAGGGGGAUACACUACGCCGCAUCGAUAGGCAACAAGAGCUUGACACUGGCACUUGUCCGCACUCCUCCAUACUGCCGUGACCUAGGCCACAUUGACGUCACUAUGGCACUCAGUAUCGCCAGCUUCUACGAAAAAUGGAAUGUGGCAAAAAUGCUCAACGACGGAGUCCCUCUCGAUUCCCCUGGCAUAUGCAACACGCUUCACUGUGCGGCUCUGCAUGGCCGCUGCGACAUCCCGGAGACACUCACUGCUGCAACAACAUCCCUGUUCUAA